AGGACGUUUUGUUUUCUGACGUUGGGCGACGUCCACAUUGCAGACGGUCGUCUCUCCAGAGGUCAGCGACGUGACAAGACGAGGAUUCAAAUGUUGUCUUCGGUCAUUGCCAAAAGACUGGUUACAGCAAUGUGCCAGACGGCGUGGAGACCAGCCGCGACUGGGCUGGUGCCUUCUCGCUGCUACCGUGGCGACGCUCCUGAUGAUGUCAAGACCGACCUGAUUGAGAUCCCCUUGCCCCCGUGGCAGGAAAAACCCGGGGAGCCCACCGACAUCAAGAGACGGCGUUUGCUCUAUGAGAGUCGUAAGAGGGGAAUGCUGGAGAACUGCAUAUUGCUCAGCCUAUUUGCAAAGCGAUACCUGAACACAAUGAGUGACACUCAGCUGCAGCAGUACGACAGGCUGAUCAAUGAACCAAGCAACGACUGGGACAUCUACUACUGGGCAACAGAAGCUCAGCCCACCCCAGACGUUUACCAAGGAGAAGUGAUGGAUAUGCUGAAGGAGUUCACGAAGAACCGCAACCAGGAGCAGAGGUUGGACGCUCCCAGCUUGGAAUACCUGGAAAAAGAAGGCUAAAGAGGACGUCGUCCCGUCCCGCUAACCUUUUCAACAGACUUUUCAUAAAGGAAAAGUGCACUUUUUUUGGAAUUUUGCCCAUCAUCCACAAUCCUGAUGUGAGACAUGAACACACGUCUUUCUCUUUGCUGUGCGUUCUAAAGAUAUAAAAGCAGCUAAAAUGAGGCAGCUAAGAAUACACGUAAUGGGAGGCACCUAUUCCUGCUACGAAACCUUCUGGAAGAAACUCCAAAAUCCGCCAACAGCUCUCCAUUUACAUAAUAUGACUCGCAUAUUUGUUGUUAUUAUUAUUGUUAAUAUUAUUAACAUUGUUACACCGAAGAACUAGUUUACUGGCGUCAUGACAUCUCGCCACACCACACCGGCUAGCUACUAGCCAGCUAGCGACCUAGCCUCACCAGAUAUGCCACAACUCUACGCUACACGCCGCCGCUGCUGUGUUUUUGUUUUUGAGUUUGGAAAAGUUAACGCUAGGUGUGGCGUUCCUUUCUGUGUUGGAAGUUCCGGUAAUGCUUAAAAUGACCAAAACACGGCAAAAUACUGUAAGUAUUCCAUGUUAUCAUGAAUGUACCUGGUACUACAUGCUCACAGCAUGGAUAGAAAACCAUAAAACCUUGUUGGAGGUUUUUGGAGGCGUUUUAAUAGCGGGCUUUCUAGGCGAAAUACAGUAGGUGUGUCCCAUUACGUGCACUACUGAGCUGUUGCUCUUUUCUGUUUUUAUAUCUUUAAAACGCACAGAAAAGAAAAAGACCUGUGGUCAUGUCUCACAUAAGGAUUGUGGAUGAUGGGCAAAUUUUUAUUUUUAUUUUUUAAAGUGCACGUUUCCUUUAAAUGGGGUACUUACUGUAUUAGAUGGGUGACCAUAACCUACUGGUCGGACUACUACUACAGUUCUACCAUCAAGUGGUUGAUUUCCUCCAGUUUUAUGCAGAGAAGUCUGCAACUGGGCAGCAACACAAUGCGUCACUUGUGUUAAGUAUGAACUGUUAUCUGGCACUCAUUGUUGAGUGAUAUUUUUAUUCACUUUUGGAUGAAAAACAGAAAAUAUUCACUGCCAAUGCAAGAGUUGGAAUGAUGACCCAUUAGUAAAAUAUUACAUUUGCAUGUGAUCGGAAAGAGCUUGUUUGUGUGUUGCCAUUAUGAUAUUGAAUAAAAUCAUCAUCUCUUGGUCUUCUCAUGACUUUUUUCCAGUUGCGUGACUGGAAAACAAGAUCAAGAUCAGGGCUGUCCCAACGUUUUCACUGAGGGCUGCAUGCUGAAAAAUCAAAGGAUGCUUGGGGCCACUUACAGUAUGUACCGUGGUGUGGAAAAGUGUUUGCCUCCUUUCUGAUUUCUUACUUUUUUGCAUGUUUGUCACACUUAAAUGUUUCAGAUCACCAAACAAAUUUAAAUAUUAGUCAAUGACAACACAACUGAACACAAAAUGCAGUUUUUAAAUGAAACCUUUUAUCAAGGCAGAAAAAAAAUCCAAACCUACAUGGCCCUGUAUGAAAAUUUGACUGCCCCCACUAUUAAAACAAAUGAGAUUAA